UCAGGCUUUGCAGGACGUACAGCUUGCGAUGUGGAGUGUGCAGAUUUGUAUAAAAGUGGGAGGCUGCAGAUGCACGUAAACGCAUCCCAGUGUCAGAACCUGCGAAGGAGAAGCACCAGCCAUCACCAACCCACGCUAUGCCUUCCAACGAAGUGACCAUCUUCCUCACCGGAGCCACAGGGUAUAUCGGUGGCUCCAUUCUACAGCGGCUGCUCGCCCACCCAAAUGGGAAGAACUUUGAGAUCACAACCCUGGUUCGCAGUACGGAUAAGGCGAAGCGUCUCGAAAGCGAAUUUGGCGUCAAGGCGAUCAUAGGUUCCCUCCAAGACCUCGAUAAGCUCGCCACCCUUUCCGAGAACGCGCAUGUUACCAUCCAAGCAGCAGAUUGCGACGAUGUAAAUGCUAUCACUGCUGUCCUGAGCGGCCUGAAGGCGCGGCACGAGAAGACUGGGGACGUACCAAUUCUAAUCCAUACUUCCGGCACAGGCGAGCUCAUGGAUGAUGCGAGAGGAGCAUUCAAAUCAGAGAAGGUCUGGUCCGACCUCAACAUUGCCGAUAUUGAGGCACUCCCUCCUACGGCUAUCCAUCGCCCGGUCGACGUCCUCGUUGUUGCUGCAGACGUUGCCGGGUACGCGCGCACCCACAUCAUCCUGCCUUCGGCCAUAUACGGCGUCGCCACCGGCCCCCUGUUCGACGCGGGUAUUUCGAACCCGCACACCAUGAUCUUCCCGAUCUACGUGCGGUCCGCGCUGCACCACGGGCACCUCGCCAUCCUCAACGACGGCGCGUCGCACUGGGCCAGCGUGCACAUCGAUGACGUCACGGACAUAUACGUCCGAAUCCUCGACGGGGACCUGAGCAACCCGGAGAAGGUGUCCCACGGGCGGGAAGGAUACUUCUUCGGCGCGAACGACGAGUUCAGCGCACGCGAGGGGAUCGUGCCCGUCGCGGGUUCCCUAUUCGCCCACGGGCGCAUCUCCUCCCCGGAGCUCGUGAAGUACUCGUUCGAGGACAUCAGCAAGUACUUUGGUAGCGCGCUGCCUUCGUUUGGUCCCAACGGCGGGCAGUUCAUCGCGCGUGCACUCUUCGGAAACAGCCGCUGCACGGCGGACCGCGCGCGUCGUGAGCUCGGGUGGGCGCCGACCCAUACGACCAAGGACCUGCUCGCGGGUCUGAGCUCCGAGGUGGAGAUCAUCGCCAAGAAGAUAGAGGCGGAGAAGAGCGCCUGA